CACUGGUUUGAUAUUGCAGGAUUGAAUAGAUGUGGUAAGAGUUGCAGGUUGAGGUGGCUGAAUUAUCUUAGACCUGAUAUCAAGAAGGGGAAUAUCACCCAGGAAGAGGAGGACCUUAUCAUCAGGCUUCAUAAUCUACUUGGAAAUAGAUGGUCCUUGAUAGCAGGAAGAUUACCAGGGCGAACAGACAAUGAAAUAAAGAACUACUGGAAUACCUACCUCAGAAAAAAGGGCUUGCACAGCAGCCCAAGUCCUGCAUCAAAGAAUAGAGAAGUACAAACAGUUAAAGCAGUUGCAGAUAAACAAAAAGGUGUGGAAGUUAAUGUAAUAAGGACCAAGGCCAUACGAUGCACCAGAUCUCUUUUUGCUGAUGAAGUUCCUGCUAGUGGAAUGAAUAAUUCUGCAUAUUCUGUCCUACCAAGUGCUAUGUUUGAUUAUGACACCUCAGAUUUCAGUGGAAAUGACCCAGCACCUCAGGCUGCAAAAAGUGUUUGUUCUGAGGAGAACAUGCAAAAUUCAGUUUUCCCUCAGGCAGCUGAUGGUUUUUAUAGAAGUAGCGGUAGCUUCCAUGAUAGCUUUAGUGCUACUGCCUCCUCAAGCUACUUCAAUUAUACCAAAAUCUGUAGUACUGUUUUAGAAAAAAGUGAGGAGUUACAUCCUUUCAUGUGUGAUGAUGAGUGGGUUUCCUUGUUGAUGCAUCCAAACAUAUAGGAUGUUGUAUUUAUCUCCAAGAAAUAAUGGAAUUGAGGAGGUUGACAUUUAGUCAAUAAGAUGCUAAGUUAUUAUACAGCUUCAAGUUUCCUUGCCACUGCAUCUACUGCUUUUGAUGAUAAAAAAAAGUUGAAGAUAGUGGAGAUAUAUGAAUCAGUUCACAGUUGGGUGCUGCCAUCACACUAAUUUUUACCUGCAUUUUAUGUUCUCCGUGAUAAAAUAAGAUGGCAGAUGAUUGGCAUCAGAUUAAGAUAUUAAGCAUAUUCUUAAAAUGCAGAAGUUGAUAUUGAAGGUAGUUUGUUUGAUAUGAAGCAACUUGGUCCCAAUACCAAGUGGGCCUAAAGGCCCUAAACAAAGGAUUGAUCCUACAAACACAAAGGGUUAUGCCAGUUGAUACAAUCAGUAGAAAAUGCCACAAAAUAUUGUUCCUAAAUCUUAAACAGUGUGUUGAUUAUGACAUCACUGUGGUAACUAGAAACAUAUAUACACCAGAUACAGGCCUGUUGUGCAAAGAAAUAAGCUACACUUCAUUAAUAAUUUACACCAUAAACAUUGCAGCUGAAAAUUCAAAAGAUUGAAAAAAGGUAGCAGUAGAAUGAAGUAAAAGACUUUGCAUUGGACUAAUAUGCAACAUGUUUCUCUUGUACAGUCAGGGAGAAAAUCAUCAGGCACGGACAACCAUAACUGAAACAAGAGGAAAAUAUAGACCUAACUAUACGAAGACAUACCACAUAUCUUAUGUGAUUGAGGCGUGAUAGGGAAAAAAAAAGGGUGUUGUCAAAGAAAAAAAAUGGUUUAAGUGCCUAUCGAGAAAAACAAUUAACCAUGUUCACGAGUAGAUUUUCCCAGUAAAGCAAGAAUUAGCAUUGAUGGAGCUCUAGACACUCUUUUAGACAGAAGAAAAGUUGCACAACAAAGAAAACACGACUAAUGAUUCUCAAAAGCAAAUCCUGUUGUUGGUUAACAUUAUAUAGUUCCAAAAGUUUUUCUCAUCAAACAAUUAGCUUAAACAAGUAAAACUUACAGCCAUAUGCCCCCUUCACGUCCUUCGCGUUUUAUCACCGAGGCAAUAUAAGAACAGGAAGCACAUCCCUAGCAGGAGGAAGAUCCCCCUCGAUUAGAAUGUGGUAGAAGGAGCUGAACAAUAUCAAGUCAAACUGCUCAAGGAGCUAGAGAUACCAAAUCAUCACAGUCGUCUGUAGCGUGCAAAGGCAAAGGCAAAGGGGAUGACAAUAACAUCAGUUGCACCGUUGAAAAGAAUCGAAUCGAUCGACGAGACACUUUUUUAAUUACAUUCAACAACCAACUCGGUCUAGAGACAUGAUAGCGGCCAAUGAUGGCGAUGACACCGAGAAGUCAAUAGUUCGAUCUACAUAAUUUAUAGAUAGCGCAUGGACCGCAAAGCAGUAUUUUACACGUCACCCAAGAUUCAGAUCAUGGAGCUCGACAAGAUACUAGUCAAGUUUAUACACAUAAGAGAAAAGGGAAGGGAGUUGAUGAUUUUGAGCAAAAGCGACAUAGCCUACAUGACAUAGACACUGAGCAAAGCUCAUCGUAUUCAUUGUUAUCAUACGAUAACACAGAGUAAUAGUACGAUGAUCAAUGUUAUGAUAUGAAGCAACAUAUUAUUGACGAAAAUAGAAAUUCUGACAUUCUCUAUGCUCCGCACUAAUGCAUACCAUAAUCAUCCUUGCCUUAGGAGCCACCUCGGACACAUGUGGUUCACAACGAUCAAACUACGACCAUCACCACAUUGAUGUACCAAUGGCAGACGAUCUAUUAAUAUACCAUGUCAUGGGAUCAAUUUCAAGAUUGUGUCCAACAAGCAUAUCAAAUUAAUAUACAAAUGCAUAAGAUCAAGGGCCCUAACCCACUGCCCGUGGAGUCCCAUCGUUCUUUUUGGUGGUAGAACAAGUAUAUUCAUUGAUUAAUUACUUAAUUCAUUUGAAUUUUAAAGUUUAAAUUGUUUAAAAAAUAAUCUAACAAGUCAAAUAAUUUCUUUAUAGAUAAUUCAAUAUCAACAGAAGGACAGUAUGGAACGUACAACAAAGCUACUCCUCAAAGUCCAAAAA